AUUGUUCUAUUUGGAAAAUCAUUGCAUUUGAGCAAAAUGGCAUUGUAUUUGAGCAAAAAACCGUUCCGUCACAUCCCUCUUUUUUUGCUAAAUUCCUACCAAAGUAAUACGCUUCACAAAUCGCCAUUUCCAUUGAUUGCUUAAACAUUUUGGCGUCAACCUUCACUAAGUUUUACUUUGCAAAUGGCUAUUAUUUCACACAUGGUUGAACUUUAAUUUACUGACAUAUUCAAAAUAAAAUUGAGACAGUUGCUGAAAAAAGCGCACAAUUUAAAAAAGUAACACAAAUUCGCAUUAUUUUCAUUUUCUCGCAUUUGAUUAAAGUUGGCUUCUGAAUAUUUAAUCCCGCGAGAUUUGACGCUUAAAAGUAGCUACUGGCUUUGAGACUGCAGAUAAACAGCCGGGAAACCAGCCUGAAAACCAACGACCCUGAGUUCGAUUUUUCUCGUCUGAUUAUUACUGAUAUUUAUAUUAUCACCUCGUUACAUAAUCUUCUUACCAUUGCCGAGGAUUCCACAAAAUUAUAAUUGUUUUUCUAACACUUUUUGACGAAUUGGUUUUGUCAACUGAAGGGAACUGAGAAAAGGCGAACAAUUGAGGAACCGCAAGUUGAAACGUAGUCGUGCUAAUCGUGAUGCCGUCGUUUCCGAAACUAAAGGGGUCUGGGUCGGAGAGUGGUUCGUCCAGUGACAGUUCCAAGGGAUACUCCGACAAAAUGAGGGAAUUUCUGGCUAAGGCGAAAGAAGAGUUCAUUGCUAAAUGGGAUAAGCAGAGUCAGGCAAACGGGAAGCUCGAUGACUUUGAAAUUAUGAAAACUCUUGGUACUGGGUCUUUUGGAAGAGUUAUUCUUGUCCAGCACAAGUCCGACAGUAAAUAUUACGCCAUGAAGAUCCUGGACAAACAAAAGGUUGCAAAGCUGAAACAAGUGGAACAUACAUUGAACGAGAAGAAAAUUUUGGCAUCAAUCGAUUUCCCGUUUUUGGUCCACAUGGAUUAUCAUUUCAAAGACAACACGAAUUUGUACAUGGUCCUUGAGUUCAUCAAUGGCGGUGAAAUGUUCUCUCACUUGCGAAGAAUAGGAAGAUUCAGCGAGCCACAUAGCCGUUUCUAUGCAUCGCAAAUCGUCCUAGCAUUUGAGUAUCUGCAUCAUCUGGAUCUAAUCUACAGGGAUCUGAAACCCGAGAACUUGUUGAUUGACUCACACGGUUACCUCAAGAUCACAGAUUUUGGUUUUGCCAAGCGAGUCAAAGGGCGAACCUGGACGUUGUGUGGAACACCUGAAUACUUGGCUCCCGAAAUCAUCCUCAGCAAAGGCUACAACAAAGCUGUGGAUUGGUGGGCAUUGGGAGUGCUUAUCUACGAAAUGGCAGCCGGAUACCCUCCGUUCUUCGCAGACCAGCCCAUUCAGAUCUACGAAAAGAUUGUCUCUGGAAAAGUGCGGUUCCCCUCCCACUUCAGCAGCGACCUGAAGGACCUGUUGAGGAAUCUUCUCCAGGUAGAUCUGACGAAGAGGUUCGGAAAUCUGAAGGCAGGAGUGAACGAUAUCAAAGGUCACAAGUGGUACAGCUCAACUGACUGGAUCGCCAUCUAUCAGCGAAAGGUCGAGGCUCCUUACAUCCCCAAGGCUAAGGGACCCGGAGACGCAAGCAACUUUGAUGAGUACGACGAAGAGCCGCUGAGAACAUCAAUAAACGAGAAACUAGGCAAGGAAUUUGCCGACUUCUAAACACCCUCUAAAGAGAACAAAGAUUAAGAUAAAGCGAUGAGAUUGUAUUUAAACUUGUUGGACUGAACACCACCUCACGCUGUGCAACUAACAUAACGACGUACAAAAUCGAGAGACCAUUUAAUUGGUGUGCAAACUCUAAACUCUCUAUUCUAUCCCAACUUUUUUAAUUUUCUGUAUUGUAGCAAGCAGUAAAUCAAAGUUUUAAAUUUAUUUCACAACUCAUGCUGCUAAUUAUGAUUGCAAUGAUUGCUUAAUUUUUCGCAAACCAAGAGAAACAAAUUAUAGACUCGAAGUUCCAGGAUCUCCAAAAAUCAAGAUCAUCCGGUGUUUUGUUAUGUCAAAUAGUGUAUUAUGAAUUAUUGCUAAAUGUGAUUUCUAAAAUGUUCGAUCUAGAAAUGAGGUCCAAAAACCACCUGCUUCUGGUAGCACUGUUCCAGAAGCACUGAAAUAUCUAUCAAAAUUUUUUGUACAGGUUAUGCAUGCAUUAGGAAGUUUAAUACACCCAUAUAGCAUCUUGCGAAUGAUGAAUUAUGUGCUUGCAGUGUAGAUGCUAUAAUAGAUUUGCAGCAGCUUGCUGUUACACCAAAUUUAAAAAUCUAUCCUUUUGAAUCUACUAUAAAUUGUGCAUAGUAUUCUUUACUAAUAUAAAGUAAUCUAAGGAAAUAACAAAUUUUAGGUGUUUUACUGUUAAUUAGCUAAUAAAAAGUUGAUACUUAAUUUUAAAUAUUAACUAA